AUGACAACAUCAUGCUACACGAUCUGCAAUUUAUUUAAUAUUGCUCGAUUAUAUCCUCAGAAGGUGGCAAUCAUGCUUGACGAUCAAGUAUGGACUUAUAGCGAGUUGAUUAUGCAAGUAGAACGUGUUGUACGUCAAUUGCAGCGCUUAGACAUAGUUCAAGGUCAAAUACUUUUUCAAUUCGUUGAACGAAGUUUUGAGAUGAUAUGUGGCUUUUUGGCUAUCAUGUUUAUAGGUGGAGUAUAUUGCCCAAUAAAUCCAACAGUGCCGUCUGAUCGUCUCAAAAUACUUCUCGAAAAAAUGCAAGGGCAAUGCGUUUUAGUACAUGAGAAAACUCGUAAUCAAUUUCCAAUAGCAGCCGUUCAGCAUGUUAUUGUAUUGGAUAAUAUUCUUCUUCCAUUAUUAGAUAUUGAAGAUAUCAAUAGCCUUUCAGUUUCUAUGGAGUAUGAUGCUGCAUUUAUCAUUUUUACAUCCGGUACUACUGGACCGCCAAAAGCAGUUGUUCAUACACAUAGAGGUUUUUCGGCUAGUAUCACCAAUUAUAUUCAAUGGGGUGCCCGUAUGUACACAGCUCGAGAGCAUGUUCUUCAAGUUGCUGCAUGUUCAUGGGCUAUACAUAUUACGGAAAUCUCAGUACCAUUAGUCGUCGGUGGUACUCUAGUGCUCCUGCGACAAGGUAGUCACUUGGAUGUGGCAUAUUUUUCUCAAACUUUAAUAUAUCAACAAAUAACGACAUUAAUGAUAGGUCCUGCAAUGAUUCGAGCUCUUACUCAUUAUAUUGAAGAUAACCAGCAAAUGAGAACAUUCGAUACUGUGCGUCAUUUGUGUAUGACAGGCGAAGCAAUGAAGCCACAACAAUGGACUCGAUUUGUUAAUUUAUUAAGUUCUUUCCAUGUUGAACUUUAUGUUCAUUAUGGUACAUCUGAAAGUAAUGGAGCUCUUGGAUGUCAAUUGAUAAAUAUCAAAGAUACAGAGAUUCCUGUUGGCUAUCCUAUGCCAGCUAUUCAAUGCUUGAUAGUAGAUGAUGAUGGCAAGAUUAUUACAAGUACAGACAAUUCAAAUAACAUUGGUCAAAUUCAUAUAGGUGGACCAACUUUAUUUAACUCCUAUUUAAAUGAUCCCGAAAAGACUGCUAGCAAGUUUACAACCAUAAAUAAUCAAGUUUAUAUAAAAACAGGCGACUUGGCUCGAUAUAAUACACGAGAAGAACUUGUUUAUGCUGGACGAACUGAUUUUCAAAUAAAAAUACGUGGCCAACGAGUCGAAACUAGUGAAAUUGAAAAUACAAUUACGAAUUCAUAUCCUAGCAAAAUUUCUGACUGUGUUGUUACUAAACUGGCACAAAAUGAUGAUCUACUUGUUGCAUAUGUGGUCUCAAAAGAUUCCGAGCUCGAUACUGAACAAAUUCGAAAUUAUUGCAAUAAACAUUUGUAUCAAUACAUGGUACCAUCUUUCUUCGUUUUCUUGGAACAAUUACCAUUGAAUGUCAAUGGAAAAAUCGAUCGCAAGAACCUUCCCAUGCCAGACUUUUCGAGUCUCGCAACGAUUGCUAAUGAUCACAGAUAUAUAGAACCAAUGGAGAAAGUCGAAAUACUUGUGCAUUCAUUGUGGUGUAAAAUACUGGAUCAUAGCCGAAUUUCGACAAGUGCAAACUUUUUUAGCAUUGGUGGUCAUUCUCUUCUAUUUAUACAACUUUACCAAGGUUAUAAAACAACGUUUGAUGUCGAUAUAAGCAUGCUGGACAUUGGUGAACUCUUUCAACAUCCAACAAUUGCUAAUCAUGCUCGUCUGAUUAACCAAUCAAAAAAUACGAAACAUAUAUCUGACCAAUAUUUAUUACCGUCAGGCGCUAUGGAAGGUAUGUUAAAUCUGAUAUAG